CUCUGACCAACAACACCCCUCCCUUAUCUCCUCACAAAUCCCAGUCACCAAAUACUUCCAUGCACUCACCCGCCUCUCCCUCCCAAACUGACACCACUUCUCAUAAUUCCCCACACCACCCGAUUACCCGUCAACCCAGCCCCCCCGUCACACGGUCCAAAAACCAUAUUUUCAAACCAAAUCCUAAAUAUGCUCUCCACACUCUUAUCUCCUCCGGUCUGCCCAUUGCCCCUACCACAUAUAAACAAGCGGCAGCAAUUCCAGAAUGGCGCCAGGCCAUGCUGGAUGAGUUUCAAGCCCUUAAAAAAAAUCACACAUGGUCUCUUGUCCCUUCUACCUCCACACAAAAUAUUAUUGGGUGUAAAUGGGUGUUUCGGGUGAAACAAAAUCCGGAUGGAUCAAUUGCUCGGUAUAAAGCACGUUUGGUUGCAAAGGGGUUUCAUCAACGUCCUGGAGUUGAUUUCACAGAUACGUUUAGUCCGGUGGUCAAACCGGCCACCGUGCGGGUUAUUCUUACAUUAGCCAUUUCACAGAAUUGGCAUAUACAUCAACUGGAUGUGAAUAACGCAUUUUUGCAGGGCACUUUGACUGACCGAGUUUAUAUGCAACAGCCGCAGGGGUUCACUGAUCCUAUGCUUCCAGAUCAUGUGUGCCUUCUUCAUAAAGCUUUAUAUGGGCUACGCCAAGCUCCCCGAGCCUGGUAUUGUGAGCUUCGGACCUUUCUCUUGCAAUCUGGUUUUCAGAAUAGCAAAAGUGAUGUCUCAUUAUUCACCUUUACAGCUCACGGCUCUAUAUUAUUUCUCCUCGUUUACGUUGAUGAUAUAAUCAUCACGGCAAACAAUGCUCCUGUGCUCCGUUCCUUUAUCACCAGGCUUGCUACUCGAUUCUCUCUUAAGGAUCUCGGUGCAUUAUCCUAUUUCUUGGGCCUGGAAGCUAUUCGCACCUCACAUGGUCUUCACCUCACUCAACAUAAGUACAUCCGUGAUCUCCUAUCACGAACUCAUAUGCAAGAUGCCAGUCCCGUUCCUACUCCUCUUUCGCCGGAUGCUCCUCUGUCACUUUCUGAUGGUUCUUCUCCUCAUGACGCCACAGAGUAUAGAAGUGUUAUUGGUGCAUUACAGUAUCUUUCCUUUACACGGCCAGAUAUCAGUUUUGUUGUUAAUAAACUUUCUCAGUACAUGCACCGGCCCACAACUCGUCAUUGGGAAGCUAUCAAACGUGUUCUUCGAUACCUAAAGGGCACUCCUCAUUUUGGGAUUUUUAUCUCUGCACAUACUCCAUUAACUCUUCAUGCUUAUGCCGACGCUGAUUGGGCCGGUGAUAUAGACACUCGCCACUCUACUUCUGCCUAUGUUGUUUUUCUCGGCCGCAAUCCCAUCAGUUGGAGUUCAAAGAAACAAUCCACCGUCGCCCGCUCCUCUACUGAGGCUGAAUACCGCGCCAUCGCCUCAGCCAGUGCUGAACUCACUUGGCUACGCAAUCUUCUCCAUGAACUUCGUAUCACACUAAAACAGUCUCCUACUAUUUUUUGUGAUAACAUAAGUGCCACUUAUGUGUGUGUUAAUCCCGUUCUCCACUCUAGAAUGAAGCAUGUCGCUAUUGACUUUCACUUUGUUCGAGAACAAAUCGCUCAAGGACUCCUCCGAGUUAGUCACGUUCAUACAAAAGACCAGCUAGCCGAUUCCCUCACUAAACCGUUAGCUCGUUCUCUAUUUCUUUCUCACAGGUCCAAGCUCGGCAUCCUACCAGGGCCGCUCUCGCUUGCGGGGGCAUAAUAGGAUAAUCACCACUUAUUAUUAAUUAUCUGUAAUUAUAAUUUGUACUUAUCUUAGAGUGGUUUACUUGUAUUAAUCUUCUCAAUUCUUAUCUCCUGUAACAAACUCAUACAUGUGUGAUUAAUACACUAUUUAUAGCUGGCUCCUCUCAUUCAAGAGAGUAAGUCUUGUUUGCUAAUUAUCCUUUAGAGUUGGCACUGACUUGGGUUAUACAAUGAUACAUGACACAUUUCAGCGUGCAUCAGAUUAUUUAUCCCCACAUCUGAAGAAUACUGAAAAGUUAAUACAGAUGCAUAGCUACUGGGCCCAUUUAGAGGCUAACCUGGGAAAAAAUUUAAUUGCUGCUGGUGGUGUUUGGGAAAACUUACUUAAGUUCUGUGGAUCUAUGCUAGACGCCUGGAAAGCCUAUAUAUCCAUGGAAAUAGAGACGGGUCAACUGAGUAAAGCUAGGUCACUGUACAAGAGAUGUUAUAGCAAAAAAUUCCCAGGGACAGGCUCAGAGUUCCCUGGAAGACCUUGAUUUUGCUGUGCAAAAGGUAAGUGGACGUUUCAACUAUUUUUUCUGCUGUCAUUUGGUUCACGUAUAAGGUGUUCUUUCUGCUAUAUCAGGGGAAAACAAAGGCUAUUGACUUGCUUGGUGCAAUCAAAAUGGAUGUGGUUGUAGAAGAAAUAGAACCAGCAGGUACAAGCAAGAAAGAAAAGGAACAUGUAUCGUCCGGAAAGCCAAAACAGUACACUGACCAGUGCACUGCAUUUGUCUCCAACCUUAGCCCCAAGGCCAAAUAUGAUGACCUACAGAAGUUCUUCAGUGAUGUUGGUGGAGUUGUUGCUAUUCGAAUAUUGACUGACAAGUUCACUGGAAAAUCAAGAGGAUUAGCCUAUGUGAAUUUUUGUGAUGAUGCACACCUGGUAGCAGCUCUGGCAAAGAAUAAGCAAACACUGCACGGAAAGAAUCUGAGCAUUCUGAAGUCAGAUCCUCCGCAGAAAAGAGGAAAAGGACUGGCCCCAAAAAAUGGUCAUUGGAAGAGCAUUUAGGAAGAAGGAACCCAAUAACUUGGAUAACAUGAGGAUUAAAUGCUAUUGCAAUUUAAGUGGGGUCACGAAGAGGAUAAAGAAGAAAUUGGAGGAAGAAUUGCAGGUUUUUAGCAACAUAGUUUUUGGAUGGGUAUUGAACAUAGAAGAAAUGAAAAUAACAAGUGGAUAGUUGCAGCUUGAAUUACUAUACAACUAUGUGAAAAUAGUGAACAAACUGAAGGAGAAUGGUGUCAUUCGAUUUCAUAUUCAAAACAAUGUCAUAAUCUUUUGUAAGAUAGACCCUAUGUUUGUUGUUAGGGUUGAAAAUGGGUGGAGAAAAGCCUGAGGUGCAAGAGCAGCUAAGUGGACAUAUUUGGAAGAAAUAUCUUGGAAGUGCAGAAAGUGUAAGAAGAACCGAUGUCGUUGAUGCUUUGAAGAAGUAUGACAGUAAUGACCCGGAAGCAGAGAGAAGAUUGUGUUAAGCUUGCACUUCUACAUGUACUAUCACAUGGAUUAUUUGGAAAUAAGGUGGCACGGGAGCUACCAGCAGCGUAUGUGAACUUGGUGGAAGAUUUGGCUGCGUUUAAUGAUUACCUGUGGGGUGAUAAUGUGUGGAACGAAUUACUAAAAAACAUGGUAACAAAUGUGAAGAGUUUGCAGAAGUGCAAAGGGAAAUGAGCAACGCUCCCAGGAUGUUUAAUUGCUCUUUAAGUUUGGGCAUUUGAAACUUUUCGUGGUCUACAAAAAGUUGGAAUUUGCAAUAUCAAGGAAGGUAAAGAAAGAAGAAUACCAAGGGCUGUGAAGUGGUCAUUUACCAAACAACCUUCUAUGGUUGUAUUCAGUGAAAUUAUUUUCUGCAAUGAGAAUUUUGAAUGGUCAAACAUGGUAGCUGCUGAAGAGGAAAUUAAUAAAUUUCCUAUGUUAGUAAACAAUAGAAGGUUAAGGUCGCAGAUUGGACAAAGUGGUAGAAAUAAAGAAGAUAGGGUGGAUGGGAAGAGGGAGAGUGGUAGAAAGAGUACAACAGAUAGCAGUGGGGGAGAAGAGAAGGAAGAACAAAAUGAGCUGGAUGGUGAUGAGAUGGGGAUGGUUAGAUUUGGAAAAUGCUAAGAUAAUGGAAGCAAAUGCCAAAUUGGUGCCAGAACUGAAAGCAAUGAAAAAGGAACAGAAGAGGCAACACCCAAAACUUGGAGAAAUACAGUCACACUUCAAGAAGUUGACACAACAUGAGGACACUGAAGGUGAUUCUAUAUGGGAUGAAGUGGAUGGAAAUGAAAAUAAUACACAUGUUGUAUUAGAAUCCAAGCAACAGGAGAAGGGUGCAGGUGCAGAAGGAGGCAGUGUGGGUACUGGGAAGCAGGACGGGGUAUUGGCUACACCAAAUUUUAACAUAUUUGGGCCAGAGUCGCAAGAGAAAAUGUGUUAUGAUAGAGUGGAGGAUAUGAGGGAAGGGUAUGAAAACGAAAAUGAUGAAAGAAUGGAAGAUGAUAAUGAAGGUGAAGAAGCUAGUGAGGAAAGAGAAGGGGCAGAGGUAGAAAAGUGUGAUGGGGAAGAAAAAGGAGAUCAAGCAGAGAUGUGCGAGCCAGAAAGGAAAAAUGAGAAAACAAAUUCCAAGGAAACCAAAACAGCAAACAUUUGGGAUGAUGUCAAGACGUAGUUUAUGAAUGAAUUGAUCACAAACGUAGACAACGUGAAAAAACAAGUGUUGAGAAAUGAUGUAAGUAGAGGAAUGAGCACAAUACCACCAAUGAACACAGAGGAAGGGCAGAAAAUGGGGUGCGAAAAACAACCAGUUCAGGUGAGAGAUGACAAAAGAAGAAGAGAUUAACCAAUUCGAAUAUGAGUAGUCGUUUUUAUAAGGUUUGUAGUAAUGUGAUUAACUAGUUAGAAUAUUAUUUUUUAUCUUGAAAGGGACAUGAAAAUAUAGUGGGGCUUGGAAGACCAAAGCUGCAUGCACGAUCACCUAAUCGAUACACACUAGCUGAAGAAAGUGGUAGAAGAAAGAGGAGAAAAGAAAUUGCCUUCACGACUUCUUGUGAAGGCAUUUGACUUCAGAAAAUCAUUUGACUGCCUUUCCGGUUGAAUGUUUAGCUAAGAUUUGGUAUGGGUAAACUAGACUUAAUGAAGAAGAUGCUCAAACAAUUUCAUCAAAAUAUUCCACCGGGAACCUCCUCAAAUGACGAUGGUCGGACAGAGCCUCUAUAAAAGGGGUGAUUUGCACUUUUUCGGUUAGUUCGAGAGCUUAUUUACACCUUUUUCCCAAAUAGUUAAGAAAACAUAAAUAAUGACAAGAAGAUGGAAAUUGUAUGAGAGCCAAUGAUGAAAAAAAUGUAUUUGUCUGUAUUAGUUGGAAUACGUAAUACAAAAGUAUAUGAAAAG